GCAAGAAAUGAACCUGCGGCACUGAGCGGACACUUCUGUGGUGAAAUCAUAUUGGUUUUUAGGCUGUAUCGUACAAAGCUAUUUUAGAGGAAUAUUGUGUCUUUGGUAUUUGUCAAUGUGCAAGUGUGUAAACAUAUGACUCGGAAUUGAAAUGUAACAUUAACCGAGACAUCAGCAAACAUAAAUGUGAGUGCACAAUUUAUACCAUUUGUUAAGAUUACAGUCUACUCUGGACACAAUGUACCGUGCUAUCUACAAACAGAACACGUUUCCUCAGCUAUAAAUGAAAGACAACGGAUGCCAAGAAACUUUCUUGGAGAAGGAGACAAUGUCUAUUAAAUCAAAGCUAAAGUCUUUAAAGGAAGAGUUAAAGACGUUUUCGUUUUGGAAAACUGUCAGAUGCGAAUUUCUUAUUUCUCUAAUCUACGUUUUCAUUGGUUGUGGCUCAUGGACAGACAUGCAACAAACACAAGAUUCAUAUCUAAAAGUUGCAUUUACCUUUGGUCUUGCGCAAGCGACUCUUAUGCAAUGUGUUGGGCAUAUAAGUGGUGCUCAAAUGAAUCCUGCAAUAACAAUAUCUAUGCUAGCAACCGGUAAAAUGGGUGUAGCAAGAUCACUGUGUUAUAUAAUUGCGCAAUGUGUCGGAGCUAUUGCAGGGGCUGGGAUUUUAUAUGGUUCGACACCUGGUAAAUACCAUGGCUCCCUUGGUGUUGUUUCAAUUCAGCCGGAUGUACUCCCUGGACAAGCCUUUGCAGUGGAAUUUAUGGUGACAUUUGUGUUAGCGUUUACGUACUUUGCAAACCUAGAGCCAAACCGAGUGGAUAUGGGGUCAAGGUCUCUUUCUGUUGGACUCUCUGUUGUUCUCGGACAUCUUUUUGCACUUGACUAUACCGGUUGUGGCAUGAACCCGGCGAGAUUGUUUGGUCCUGCAGUCAUUACCAAUCAAUGGAAAGACCAUUGGGUGUUUUGGGUAGGGCCUAUUAUUGGAGGAAUAUUUGGUGGUUUCACAUACGAAUAUACACAGUGUUCGUCAGAAGAUAUACAACGCUUUAGAAGUUCCUUUCGGCGGAAAAAGAUUCAAUUCGUCGUUGAGACAGAUCAACGAUGUGACAGUCCGGUUACAACAGAGUUCUCGUUUACUCCGAGAACCUCAUCAAAUGAAGAUCUCAAAUUAUGAAUUCCUAACUGAUGUAUCAUUGGUACCAAUAUUUGUGUGAUAAAACCAUUUUCUUACUGAGUGUUUUGUAUAAUUAUUCAAUACAUAUAAAUACAAAAAGACCCUACGAAAAUAUAUAUUACUCUUCAUCUACUGACAUGCUAACUGAAUGUUAAGUCUAUCUAAAGAUCAAUACUAUUUGUAAUUCAUUUAAAAUCUGUUUCCUUAAUACUUAUUCUAUUAUGCUUGUAUCUGUUAAAACAUGCUUACGCUACAAUGAAGUCACGUUAACGUGCGGUGACGUCAAAGAUAUUGUUGCGACCAAGAAAGAGCGCUACAUUAUUUUAUCUACUGUUUUAAAUUAAAGGCAUAUUAGAAUUCAAAUAAUUUAUAGCAAAACCAUGUUUUAACACUAUUUAUACACCCGGGCGUUAAUACGUCGUACAAAUAAUUAUUACGCCCGACGUAUAACCGCCCAUCGUGCGUAAAUAGUGUUAAAGCACUCUUUUGCUAUAAAUUAUUUCUUAAUUAAAUGAAACGAUUGCAAUGUAUAAACUGUAUUACUGACAAAACGCUAUUGCAAAGACAUCUGGCACACUAAGAGAGAGGAAGUGUUGGAGUGAUGAAGUUAUCAUUCGUUUUCAUCGUUUUACUUACGGAUAUAUUUUAUUUUUUAUUCAUAUUGUGGUCAAUACAUUAUCUUCACAUUGUUUGUGAUGACGAAUACUUUUUUAGGAUUUCUAUUAUGUACACUUCUCGUAUUAAAUAUUUUGCUAAAAUAUAAAAGUGACAUUAAAUACACUGCAGCUCAACUUCAUCAUUUGAUAUUUGUUAAGAUAGUUCACGAUUUCACAUGGAAUUUAGCACUUCUUAAGUGGAUUGGAAGUGUGUUUAAUGCAGUCAGUUAGAAACUAGGAACCCCGUAAAUGUUUAUACAUAUAUUUAAGUAGAAUUAAGAGUAUAAGUUGACGUUUGUGCUAUAAAUACGUGCAUAUCAUGCUAUUUUUGUAUGUAAAAAUACUUUUUCUAUCAUCGGUCUGUUAUAUUGUGUUUGUUCGGUUAUUCACUCUCGCACAAAAGUUGUGCAUUUCAACAUUUAAUUCUCACUUCUAUGACUUUUAAACGUGAAAUAAUGUAUCUCGCCGAAAAAGAACAAUGUUUUGAUUUCAAUGCAACUGCCACGAGUAUAUGAUUCUCUCUUCGUCACGAUCACAAUAUGCAUUUCUUCUUUCAUAGAACUGUCUUACCAUCUGUUGGAUAUUAACAUAGCUAAGGAUUCAAUUUCAUUGAACUAUCAUUGACGAAAAUUCACUGUCAGUACUUAUAAGCAAUAUUUCUGAGAACGUUUGUCGUAAUUUCUACUUGUGGAAUAUUCUUUGAUAAAAAUUAAAACAGUGCGGUGCUAGUAUCACUCGGCUAACAAGUGACAUUUGAAUAUAUUAAUAUUUUCGAACUUGAAUUUAAUGAGAUUCAACAUUAAAGAAACGAUGGUUUUUUUCUCGAACAGCUUAAGACGGAAUUACAAAAAAAGAAGUUACAUAUUUAUGAGGAUUCAUUGAUAAUGUUAUGGCUUGCAGUGGAAUCCAAGAUCGUUUUUUGAUUGAAAUACCGGGAUAACUGUUUGUAUGCUAGAACACGAGCAUAACAUGCUGGUAAUUAGUAUUUGCAACACUUUGGAUGUCUGUGAAAUCACAGUGUAGCUAUGGUAAUCGAUGGUAUUAUGUGCUGGAAAGACACUUAAUGUCAUUUAAAUUUGUUAAUUUGUCAUCAACAAGUGACAUGUUUUUAAACUGCAUCCUUAGUUAUCCGUAACGUUAGGUACAUCAUUUGUUAUUUAUGUAACAAAAUCACCAUUUGUAUUGUUAUCUUAACA